UAUUUCCAGAAAAAAUUCAGACUCCAAUGGCAUGUAAGAGACAGCUUUGUACUCGUCAGUACAUUAUCCCCAGAUCUCCUGCUGUAAGUACAGCUUCUUCCGAAGAAGAAAGCUACAGAGAAGCCAGCCCCUCCCCAACACCAUUGAGUGAAUGGGACCAGACCCCAUUGAUCUUCACUGCCAGACGAGAAAUUAAUAAGAGAGACAGAGAAGCACCUAAGCAAGUCUGGAGCAGUCUAUUUUUGGAACAGCAAAUGACAAAAAAGUCUAUUCAACUCCACUCAGUAAAUCCCCUGUACUUGGAGGCUACAGGCACACACAUCAAUAGACACGUGAGACUUCAGAACAAGCCCUCUUGCAUUUCCAAGGGAGAUUCUGUCUCACCUGGUCCCGCUCCGAGACCUUACACUGCCGCCGGCCUCUGCAGGAGAAGCCAGACCCCUUCGGCGGCGUCGAGGGUGUCCCGGAGUUCCUCAGAGCCCAAGCUAGAGGAGAGGACGGCAGCCACAGCCGGCGCUCUGGCAAACCCAGAUUUCCAAAGCCAGCUCCAGGGCGCGCCCGGAAAUCCAGUCGUAAGAAGCGCAGUUGCCAUGGCAUCGGAGACGCUCCCCAAGCAUCCUCAUCCCCUGGGGAAAAGGGGGCCCAGGGCGGACGCCUCCCUCCACGGCAAUCUGGCAGGAGCGCCCCUUCCUCAGUUUGCCGGUGCUCCCACCCAUCUCCCCUCGAAGAGGUUAAUCAAGGUUUGCUCUUCUCCCCACUCCCGCCCACCCUGGCGUUUCCAUACGGUUUGUUCACAGGCCCCUCCUAGGCCGGGGGUGAAUGCUCACUUACGUUGACCGCUGCGAGGGAAUUGUUCGGCGAGCGCUGCCCAUCUUCAAAUCAAUGCCUGCCCAGAACAACAGAAAGGGCCUCAGAUGUACUGGUUUCCACAGAACCAUUGUUAGGCUUUUGUGAAGCAGUUUUGAACCUAAUAAAUAAUGUCAAAAGUCUCUAUCGCAGCCAAAAAUGUUCCUUUUGAAGCAUUUCUAAUAGUAUUUUUGUUCUGCGGUGUCUCCCAGUGUCACAAAGAAUUUGUGCCUCACAAUGGGGAUGGGGUACAUCGCGUGCCACUUCGCAAUGUGCCUGCAGGGAUGGCGAUGACCCCUCUUUGUUUUGCUGUCGCAGGUAAACGGUUUCACUUGCCAACUUGGGCUUUGGUUUAAGGAUGUUUUCUAAGGAGCUUUUGAAUUUCUAAACAGAGGUUUGGAAAACAUAAUUGAAUGUCUGUAAUUUAAUAGUUAACAUGAAAUUUGAUUACUCCCGAUAUGCCUAGGGGAAUUCUUCAGGUUAUAUUAAGGUUUUUAUGUCAGAAACCUGAAGCUGGGUCUCCCUUUGAGGCCCUGAAACACGUGGAACUAAGUUUAAUGCAAAAGAGAUACUGAAUUUUCUGGUUUGUAAUAGAAAACAGUAGAGCAGCCUAGGGAACAUUUUAACAAACUGACCAUUUUGGGCAAUAUUUUUUAGUUUUGUUAACUUAAGUAUAGCAGCUUUUCACUCUGA